AUGCUGCUACAUAAAGAGAAAGAAGUGAUGCUGAACUUAGAAAAAUGGUCGCUGCUUGAAGAGAGUGCACUCAAACAAAAAUCAAGAGCUAAAUGGAUACAACUCGGUGAUGGGAAUAAUAAAUACUUUCAUGCGGUAAUCAAAGAGAGAACACAGAGAAAGCAGAUUUGUGAGCUUACUUCCCUUACAGGUACAAAACUUACUGAACCUGAAGUAAUCAAAUCUGAAAUACUCAACUUCUAUAAAUCAUUAAUGGGUACAUCCUCUCAUACAAUGCCUGCUGUUGACAAAGAGAUCAUGAGAAAAGGGCCAGUACUCAAUCAUGCCCAACGAACGCUGCUAUGUAGAGAGGUUACCGAAGCUAAAAUUGUAGAGGGCUUGCGAUCUAUUGGUGAUGAUAAAUCACCUGGAAUUGAUGGGUAUAACUCGUUGUUCUUUAAAAAGGCAAUCACAAAUUUCUUCUCCAGUGGGAAACUUUAUCGAGCUAUCAAUUGCACAGCUGUCACGUUGAUCCCCAAAACACCAACGCCUGCUACAGUUAAGGAAUUUAGACCCAUUGCUUCUUUGCACCAUUCUUUAUAA